ACGAUAGAUUGCGCAAGCGCAGCGUACUGAGCAACCGGAAGAUCUUUAGGAUUAAAAAUGUAUCGAAAAGAAAAACCAUUACCCUUAAAAAGCAGUGCUUCUUCUUUAACUAACAAUCUUACAGUGUUCAUAAGUCCAGAAAAAGGUUCCAUGAGUUAUGCUGUCGUACACAAAUCUGUAGUUAAUGUAAUUUCUUCAUCACUUGAUGGCUCUACCGUCACCAAUCGUCAGGUAGUUUGCAAAGAACCAUCAGCAGUUCAACAAAACACACCUAUGGUUAUACAGGCAAAAUGGAUAAGUUUACCAAACAGAACAGUCCUAGUCCUGACAUCUUUAAGGGGAAUACAAAUGUUUGAAUCAGAUGGCUCUGCCAUGAUUUAUUGGCAUGCAUUAGGUGAUCCUAGCAGUUCUGAUACUCAAGAUCAAACAAAUUAUGGAAGAGGCAUUGCUGGAGUUGGAGAUAGUUGUAUAUGUGUUGGUACACAGAUUGGAGAAAUUCAUGUUUUUAAUAUACCUGCAAAAGGAACAAAUAUAUUGCUGAAAGAAAGUUUAGUUGGUCAUAAACAUCCAAUAUGUGAUCUAACAUCAGGACCAAACAGACUGGUCAGUAGUGAUGAACAAGGCAAUAUAUUUAUAUGGUCAUUACAAGCUAAUGGUUCACUGAAACAGACUGAGUCCGUAAUUGGGAAGGGAGUACCAUGUAGUAGUUUAGUAUUAUGGAAUGAUAUUAUAGUGGGAGGAUACGGUGAUGGUCAGUUACGAGUUUAUUGUGCCAAGACAGCCAAGUUAGCUGCUACAGUCAAUGCCCAUGCUAGAUGGGUCAAUGCCAUCGACGUAGCUCCAGAAACUGGCAGAAUAUUAUCUGUUAGUGAAGAUACAUUUGCUAAAGUUUGGCAGUUGAAAGAAGGAACUUUACCAGAGAUUGAAUAUAAAUAUAGUGAGUCUGUGACAGAUUUACAAUUAGUGGGAGGACAGUUUAUACAGAAAGGUGGGCGUGGCUUCUGUGUGACAGGAUAUGACAACUCAGACAUCACAUUUUUUGUACAAAACUAAAAUUUUCAGGCAAUGACAGAUCUAGAAUAUUCAAUUUUUUUAACACGGGG